AUGUCACCAACAGAACGACCGUUCAGCAUCUUCGACAAACGCCAAAAAGCGCUCAUCAUUCUCAUCGUUUCCACCGCCGCAACCUUCUCCGGCUUCGCCUCCAACAUCUACUUCCCUGCCCUCCCAACAAUCUCCAAAGACCUCAAUGUCUCCCUCGAACUCGUCGAUCUAACCAUAACCUCCUAUCUCAUCUUCCAAGGUCUGGCCCCCUCUCUCUGGGGUCCCGUAUCAGACGUGAAAGGUCGUCGCGUCGCAUACAUCGGCACAUUCAUCGUCUUUCUGGGCGCGUGUAUCGGGCUCGCAGAGACGAAGAACUAUGCGAUGUUGAUUGUGCUGCGGUGUCUGCAGAGUACAGACAGCGCGAGCACGACUGCCAUCGGGUCGGGCGUUAUCGGCGAUAUUACGACCCGAGAAGAACGAGGCGGGUACAUGGGUAUCUUCCAGGCUGGGUUACUUGUUCCUGUUGCUGUUGGGCCGGUUGUGGGUGGUGCGAUUGCGGGAUCGCUGGGAUGGAAGGCGAUUUUCUGGUUUUUGACAAUCUACAGUGCUGUUUUUCUGGUUUGUCUGGUUGUGCUCUUGCCUGAGACGCUGCGGUCGAUUGUGGCGGAUGGGAGUCGGGUGCCUGCGGAUAUCGUGUCCAAGUAUCCGCUGAAUGUGUAUCAGCGGUUAUCCAAGGUCCAGCAGAGCCUGCCAGAUGGAUCGCCUGAGCUGGCCGGACAGAAGAAGAUUGAUCUCCUCGGUCCGCUGCGCAUGCUGAUGAGCAAGUUUGCUUCGCCGAUUAUCGUCUUCCUGGCGAUAUACUACGCCGUCUGGCAGAUGAGCAUCACCGCCAUGUCGAGUCUUUUCGAAGAUCACUACGGGCUAUCUGAAAUCCAAAUCGGGCUAACGUUUAUCGCCAACGGUGUUGGCUCGAUGAUCGGGACAUUGGUUACUGGCAAAAUCCUCGAUGCUGAUUAUCGUCGUGUCAAAGCCAACUACGAGUCUUCUCUCGACGUCGAGCAAUCCGCCACCCAGAAAGAUGACGACUUCCCACUCGAAAAAGCCCGUCUCCGUCUCAUUCCCAUUUUCUCAUGCCUCCAAUGCGCGUCUAUCAUCCUCUUCGGCUGGACAAUCCAAUACAAAGUGCACAUUGCCGUUCCCAUCAUUGCAACCUUCAUCACCGGCUGGACGGCUGUCUCCACGCAGUCCCUCAUCAUGACAUAUCUGGUCGAUAUCUUCCCUGACAGAAGUGCAGCUGCCAGCGCGAGUUUGAAUCUAGCCAGAUGUCUGUUUGCAGCUGGGGGCACGAGUUUCGUGAUGCCGAUGGUGAACGGGGUUGGUGCGGGAGUGGCGUUUACGAUCUGUGUCGCUGUGCAGGCGUUGGCGCUGGUUGGGCCAUUAAUGCAGUGGAGGUUUGCGGGUAGAUGGAGAAGGGAGGCAAGAUCGGCUUAGAUGGGGUUACUGUACUGUAUAGGGCGAUAGUUUUG